AUGAAACGCACUAGCACUUACUUCGCCAAAGCCUCUGACCUGCCGGACAACUGGCGGGUGAUUGACGCCACCGGCGUCAGCCUGGGUCGAUUGGCUCGGCAGGUUGCCAUUGCUUUGCAGGGCAAAGACCAGCCGACGUACACGCCUCACGUCAUCUCCGGCGACCACGUAGUAGUAAUCAAUGCCAGCAACGUGCGCAUCACCGGACGCAAGCUGAUGCAGAAAAUGUACUAUCGGCACAGCGGCUAUGUUGGCAACCUGAAAUCGUUCAUGUUGCGCGACAUGCUGGAAGAACGCCCUGAGCGUGUCGUGCAACUGGCAGUCAAGGGUAUGCUGCCAUCCAACAAGCUGGGGCGGCAUAUGCUCCGGAAGCUGCGUGUGUACGCCGGCGACCAGCAUCCCCAUCAGGCUCAGGUCGGCAACGCCGAAUAA